GGCCACCUUGCACGAACAAACUGCUCGUGCCUCGUGCCGGCCCGUGGUUCCAGCGGCCCGGGAGCAGCAGUUGGCUCCGAACGCUGUCGUCGGAAAGCGGCACACUCGUUUGCUCCAGCGAUCUUCCUCCCAGCCGCUCAGGGUCUCAGCUGAACCAGCCGGCGAGAGCGUCGCUGGAAAAAGAAAGGGGCCUGACCACGGAGCGCGAUGUCACCGACACGACACCCGGCUCCGGCUGUGCGACACAAAGCAAAAUCGACGUCACGCACCGCGGCAGGGGCUGCUCAUGCUAGAAACGCACCCGCUGCUCGAACUGCCAGACCCACGGUUCCGGCGCCGGCAGCCCCGAGGACCGGUGGUGGAGCGGCGGCGAGACCCGCCAUGAUGGCCGCGCCUCCCGCGAUGGCCGCGCCACCUGGAGGCGUCAUGAUGCUACCGGCAGCCCAGCCGGCAGUGUGGUCACGUGGCCCGUUCGUUCAGAUGCCGACGCUACAGCUCGUGCAGCCCAACGUGCAACCGAUCGCGGGCUGUCCCGCCGGACUCGAGUAUCUGAUGCACGUCGACCAGCUGCUAGUGCACCAGCAGCUUCAGCUCCUGGAAAUGAUCGUGCCGUUCGAGCAACAGAACAGGUACGUCGUCAAGAACACCAUGGGCCAGUUCAUCUUCAUGGCGCUCGAGAAUAGCAGCCUGGCGAGCCGCUGCUGCUGCGGCAACAGGCGACCCUUCGAGAUGUCGCUGAUCGACUACCGCAGCGUCGAAGUGUUGCGGCUGCACCGGCCGCUCCGCUGCAACAGCUGCUGCUGCUUUUGCUGCCUCCAGGAGAUGGAGGUUGAAUCUCCGCCGGGCAUCAUCAUCGGAUCGAUAAAGCAGGACUGGUCCGUCGUCUUUCCCUACCUCUCGCUCCGGGACAGCGGCGGCAACGUAGUGCUCCGUAUCAUCGGGCCCUUCUGCACUUCGUCCAUCUGCUGCAGCGACGUCGUCUUCGACAUCACGACCAGGGACGGGAUAAGAAAGAUCGGCCAGCUCUCGAAGAACUUUAACGGCCUGUGCCUGGAGGCCCUUACCGACGUCGACAACUUCACGUUGAUCUUCCCGAUCGACCUGGACGUCAAGAUGAAGGCCACGCUGCUAGGCGCGGUCUUCUUGAUUGACUUCAUGUUCUUCGAGAGCGCCCCCACCAGGAGGAACACGGAUCUUCCCGGCAACAUCAUAAAUUAGUUAUUCGACCAUCA